AUGAACAUGAACGCCAUGAUAAGUUUAAAGCGUGAAGAAGCGAAGAACUCACAAAAUGUAAACGUAAAUGUGGAGCCUAAAACCUCAGUUUACGUUUCAACUGACCGUAUACCAUUAAGUGAAUCAGCCGUUAAAUCUCGAGAUAUUGAAAUAUUACCACCACCACCUGAAUAUCCUGAAGUUAAUGAAGACGGAAAGGAUAAAAUUUAUUAUGAACAACAGAUAAAAGCUUCAAAAUGA